AAUUAAAAGCAUAAUGUCAUGAUUUCAAACAUAGUUUAAAGAGAAUGUGAACAAAUUAAUAAACUGAAAGAUUAUUUAGCUGCAAGCGAGCGUAACUCGCAAUAAUUAAAAAAAAAACAAGAAAGAGGAACCAAGCAAUCUCAAGAACAUAACUGGAACUAGGAAUCACAAGAGCAGAACUGAGGACACCGACGACAUCCACAAAAUACAAGACUUGAUUAAAAUGAACAGAGUAAUAACGAGACACACCUACACAAUCUGAGUAAUGAGCGGAGGCAGAAUAACUACAGAAAGAGCACAGAAGAGACAGGAAGCAGGAAACUAGGUGAAACAAAGAUGUAAAGAGACAGUGGACAUGAAACACAGACAGUAAACCUCAAGAUACCUGUAAAUAUUCAUCAGCAUGUGGCUUUUCAUUCUGAUUUUCAUCAAUCUUAAAGCUCUAGUGAGCGCUGGAUGGGAUGAGGUGAAGACCGUGAUGGAAGGAGAUGUUCUCACUCUACACACAGGAGCUACUCAACUACAUAAAAACACUGAGACUUUAUGGUUUUACAAAAGUGACAGUCUUGCUACACGUAUAGCACAGAUGAAUAAGGAGAACGGUUUUACAGAUUAUGAAAAUAAACUUGCUGGAAGAUUGCAUCUGGAUCAAGAGAGCGGAUCAUUGACCAUCAGGAAUAUCACUAGAAGUGAUUCUGGAGUUUAUGAAGUAUCUCUCACCAACGGGUUAGACAUCUCUGAGAGGAAGAUCAGAGUUGAUGUGUAUGCACCUGUGUCUGUACCUGUGAUUGUGCACCGGUCCACAGGUUGUUUAAAGCAGCCAGAAGAAACGGAGGAUUUCUGCUCUGUGUUCUGCUCGGUGAAGAAUGAUCGAGACGUGUCUAUCUCGUGGUAUAAAGGAGGUGAAAUAGUGAAUCAGAACAGCAAUCCUGAUCUCAGCAUCAACCUCAGUUUAUCAUUAGAUCUUCAUUAUAAUGAUCCAGAGACCUACAGAUGCACGGCUGUGAAUCCAGUGAGCAAUAAGAGCGUCCGUCUUCACAAGAAAGAGAUCUGCUCACCACAGGAAGAUUGUGUGGAUCACUGUGGCAUCUCUGAGGCUCUGGUUCGUCUGGUUCUGUCUGGUCUGGUGGGAAUCGCCGCUGUAUUAUUUCUGGUUGAACAUCUGAGGUUCUGCUCAUCUCAGAGAAGAGCUGUUUCUUCUGUGUGAUUGUGACGUACACAAGAGUUUGCAGGGUGUUAUCUAUGACAUUGGUUUGUGAAGUGCGUUCACACUGUGACUGAAGCACCUUUUGGUUGCAGAAUUCUUUAUUUAUUGCUGUGGAGAUAAAAGUAAAAUAAUGUAAGUUAACUAGAGUAAAUGUGUAUAUUCCUUUGCAAGUGCAUGCAACAAUAUCUAUGAAUGUAUUGAUUUUUCGUUUGUUUGACUGUUAUUAUUAUUGUUGAUAAUGUAUUAAAGUUUUCGUUUUGGCUAAA